UUUAUGAGAGUGCUAUACGUUGAGAGUAGAGAGAAAGGUUUUGGUUUUCAAAAUUCACCAGUAAUCCUCCGGUCUACGAAUACAAGUUCGAACUUCGAAGUCAAGACCUUUUUCAUUGAUACCAAAGAUAGCUGCCGAAUUUAGAAAGAACCAGCCAUAGUGGAGCUUCAUCUUCGAACCAGCCAUAAUGAUUUCUUUUUCUAUGCACUAGCUUAGUUAUUAUCGAGUCCGAUUGUAAUCUCCGUAUUUAUAUCCCUUAAUUUUCAAAAGGAGUAUAUAUUAAUAACCAGUAAGGUAACCUUUCGGCCUUCUAAGAGUUGCUUAUGGAGAUUGAUAGUUGGCUUGAAGCAGACGACGGCGGCUUGGAUUGAAGAUUGGAUUGAAGACGACGGCGGCUUAGUCUUCUGAUGGUGUAAAGCAGACGGAGAGAUCCACUGGGAGACGAAUCGAACAGAGAAGGCUUUGUUACAAUUGAGUGACUCCUUAGCUUAGAACUCGGACUCAGUAAAUGGAAAGUUGAACUACUUGCUGCAUUACAAUUGGGUGCUACAGAGGUCCAGUCUAUGAUUCUGAAGGGUGGUGGCAUGAUCACAUUUGCCAAAGUUUAUCAGUUUUUGGCUAAGAAACUAUCGGGAAAAGUCUUCACUGAGGCUGCCAACUACCAGAUUAGGAAAGAGAUGCUAAAACAGGGUGGACAGUUAGCCGCCGUUAACUUGGAAUCUCGAGCAGCUCUGCUUGCAGCAAAGCAUGGCUUUGCAGGAGCUGCAUCAAGACACAUUGGCUUAAGAACAGCGAUGCAAUUACUCGGCCCCAUGAUGUGGGGGACGUUAUUGGCUGAUUUGGUUAUUCAGAUGCUCGAGACAGACUACGCUAGUUUAUGCACAUGUGGGGGAAGUGUUUUUGUUUUGUCAUGUUUUGUAAUAUUCCAAAUUUUGUAAAAUAUGUUUAA